AUGGUUUUCAGAAUGACCUUACCUUUGAGUGAAGAUUCGAUGUCAACUUUUCCUCCUUUGAAUGAAGCCAAUAGAGAUGAUGUUAGAAAGAAGGUUAACAAGUGA